AUGUCCGCGAUACCGCCGCCAAUGAGCAAGGGCUGGAAAUACCGGUUGAAUGCCAUAUACAUCUAUGGCGCCGACCUCCCCAUGACGGCCGCCGCCACAAACAGGCCUGACGGUCACGACGCGGCAGCCAAGGACCGGGAGCGCCUCGGAACAACCAACGACGCAUCUCAACAUCUGCCACACACACCCCCGCCGACAACACACAAGAACAGCGGCCAGGGACAGAGGCAGAUGGAUCCUCCGAGUGCUACUGCGAACCGGGCCGGCCCACAAGAUAAGAUCCCGCAGGAGGCCACUAAAGAAAACAAUGUAGUGUCCCCAAUCACACUCCUCAAACUCCCCGAGGCAUACCGAAGCGACGGCCGCCUUGUCGCAUCGCUGAGGGAGGAGAAGGAGGUCCUGGAGGCGUCCCUUCAACUAGUUCACUCGGAAGCCUCCAUCAGGAUCCGCGAGCUUGAAGCCGAACUCGCCAGGGAAAAGACAGACCGGGGCCAGCUCGACUCACUCGAUUCACAAGUGCACACCCUCAGCACCGAGAACGAAAGCCUCCAGGCUGAGGUACAGCAGAUGGAGCGCGCCAUGAUCGCGGAGCGAAGCGAGCGGCAGCUAUACCAGCACCUCUACGCGACCCUCCGGAAGACCAUCACCACCACCGUGCGCAUACAGCCCUCGGGGGAAAACGCAGCUGACUCCGUAGCGGGAGGCUGGGCGAUGGGCCCGGGGCAAGGCACGCUCAAGAUCAACAACCCCAAAGACAACAAGCCCAAGUCGUUCCGGUUCGACCGCGUCUUCCAGCCGCAGAGCACCAACCAAGAGAUCUUCAACGAGGUUCUCGCGCUCGUGCGGACAACAGCCACGGAGGGCGCGAGGGCCGUGAUCAUGGCCUACGGGGCCACGGGAACAGGGAAGUCCUACACCCUGACGGGGGACAGCAAGGCCAGCCCGCCAGUCCAGGGCCUGGUGCAACUCGCCGCGACGAAGAUGUUCGAGAUCAUCCCGGCGGGGAGCACCGUCGAGGCCGCCGCCAUUUACAUCUACCAGGGGAAGGUCAUCGACCUGACACUCCCCAAACAAAACAACGAGCUCAGAAUAAACGGGAUGCAGUGGGCGGUCGUGCCUGAUGCAAAAUACCACGAGGUGGGGUCGGCUGAAGAUAUCGUCACCCUGUUCCGCAAGGCGGCGAGAAACACUGUCACGGCUACGACGCGGAUGAACGAGGCCAGCUCUCGCGGCCACACCUUCUUCAUGGUCAGGAUCCGAACCCCUACCGGCAACCCCGAGCAGCCUUGCGAGGGCCUGCUCACCUUUGCGGACCUUGCGGGAAAUGAGAACACGAAGGAGAGCGGCGCAGAGGGCAAACAGUUCAACGAGGCCAGGUCCAUCAACACCGACCUGAUGCAUCUCAAAACGGUGAUACAGACCAUGCGCGACGGGAACAAGCCGGACACCAAGCGUUCGAAGCUCACGCAGAUCUUUGCUGGGGCCGCCGGCCUCGACUCCGAGACGGCGGCCAGACACGACGUCUUCCUCCUCGCUACGGUCGACCUCUCCGCAGAGCGACUGGCCAGCAGCAUGCGAACCCUCGAGUUUGCCUCAACGGCAAUCGCGACGUCCACGGCCGCAAAGUCACAGGCAGGGAAAGCCUAA